AUGAAUGAGGUUGCUAGUAUCAGUAGAACUUCUCAUGUUAAUGUUGUCCAACUUCUUGGAUUCUGUUUAGAAGGAAAGAAGAAAGCCCUUAUUUAUGAAUUCAUGCCUAAUGAUUCCCUGGACAAGUUUAUCGGUAAUAAGGGACUAGAAAGCACUUCAUCCUUGAGUUGGGAUAAUCUGUUGCAAAUUGCAAAAGGGAUAGCUAGAGGACUAGAGUACCUGUUUGACAUAAAACCACAUAACAUUCUUUUGGAUGACAACUUCUGUCCCAAGAUAUCAGAUUUGUCCUGGGAAAGAGAGCACUAUUUCAGUUUCAGAUGCGAGAGAAACAAUAGGAUAUGUAGCUCCAGAAGUGUGCAACAAACAUUUUGGUGGAGUUUCACAAAAAUCUUAUGUGUAUAUGAUGCUACUAGAAAUAGUGGGAGUGAGAAUAAUAUUAAUGAUGAAGCUACUGAAACAAGUGAAUACUUCCCAGAUUGGAUAUACCGAAAGCUGGAGCAAGACCAAGAUUUGAGAAGUGAUGAUGUGAUAGGGACAAAAGAAAAAGAGACAGAAAGAAGAAUGAUUGCAGUUAGUUUCUGGUGCAUUCAAACGUUUCCAAAGGAUAGACCUACUCAUAGUAGAGUAAUAGAAAUGUUAGAAGGCAACAUGAAUUCACAAGAAAUUCCCCAAAACCUUCUUCUCCCACAAUUGGAUUGGUGUCAGAAUGGACUACUAGUUCCUUGCGGUCUGAGCAGAUGUUAA